AUGUUGGUGCUCCCACAUGACGAUCCUCCUUUCCGUUCAAGUUGGUGUUUAACAGGGUCACAUGAUUCUUUCAGCUACUGGGUUGAUGAGAAAUCUCCUGUGGGACCAGACCAAGCCACAGCCAUCAAACGUUUGGCUAGAAUUUCUUUGGUUAAAAAGAUAAUGAAGAAGUGGUCGGUGACUCAAAACCUGACUUUCAAAGAGCAGCUGGAAGGUGGGAUUCGCUACUUUGAUCUUCGUGUGUCUUCGAAGCCUGGAGAAAUAGGGCGGCAGGAGAUUUACUUCAUACAUGGCUUGUUUGGCAUCAAAGUAUGGGAUGGGCUGAUGGAAAUGAACACUUUCCUUGGACAACACCCCAAGGAAGUCAUCUUCUUGGACUUCAAUCACUUCUACGCCAUGGACGACAGCCAUCACUUUUACUUGAUCAACAGGAUCCGCUCAGCAUUUGGAUCCAAACUUUGUUCCGUUGCAUGUGUAGAACAUGUGACGUUACAGUACAUGUGGGAGAAGAAGCACCAGGUUCUCAUUUUCUACCACUACCCUCUCUACCGGGAAUACCCCUUCCUGUGGCCAGGGAGUAAAAUGCCCGCACCAUGGGCAAACACAACCAACGUGCACAAACUCUUACAGUUCCUGGAGACCACUCUCGAGGAACGAAGUCGUUAUGGAACUUUUCACGUUUCUCAAGCAAUUCUCACGCCUCGAGUGAAAACUAUUGCACGACAUCUAAUCCGCGGUCUGAAGAAUACGCUUGUUCAUAGGAACCUGCCUAUGAUUUUGAAUUGGGUAAAAACACAGAAACCAGGCGUUAUGGGUGUUAACAUAAUUACAUCAGACUUCGUGGAGCUGGUUGACUUUGCUGCUACAGUUAUUGCAUUAAAUGAUCUUCUUUUAGAAGAGGACAAACCUGCAACUAAAUCCUGAUUGCUGUAUCCCGUUGUAUCCUCAGUGGAGAUCUUCAGACUCUAAACUUUUUAUUUAUUAAAUGAAACCUAUUGUAACUUCUGUUCAUUUAAAAAAAAAAAAAUUUUGUAGAGGAAGUGUGGUUAAAAAUCAUAUCCAGGAGGGUCUCUUCUCCCACUGGUGUGUAGGUCUGAAUGGAACACAAAGUACUGAGUGCCGCUGCAUGGCCCUUUGUGGUUACAUGUUUGACUAAGCUAUGCACACAUCUGCUGCAGUACAGAGUAUUGUCUGCCUGCCAGCAAGAUGCUGGCCCCUGAAGCAGAUGUACCCAAUUACUGUACAUGUCUCCCUGGUGACUGGACUCACCGUGUCUGUGUGUGCAUCCUGCUUGUUUCUCGACUCAAGGACUCAAACCCAAGAUCACUGCUGAUCCCUUAGCAGUGGUUUUACCAGGCCAACCAGGAUGGUGUCGUUCUUCUGGCCACCUCAGGCAUAGAUUUCAGCUGGAAGCUGCUGUUAUACUCAUUAAACUGUUCUGGGCACUACCUCUGACUUGCUUGAAGAAACAAUAUUGCUGUUGUUCAGGGGAAGCUGUUAAUGCUGUGUUGAAUACUCUAACUGUAGUUUGGGCCUGAGAUUGGGCUUGGAAUGCUCUGCCUCUUUGGACUCCAAACUCUUAUUCUGGACCUCUUUAAUGCACAUACUGCAAUCAUGUUCAAGUGUGUAUUUCCUCUUUGGAAUUAAUUUGGUAAUUUGGAGGAAAUUUCAGUACUCAGAUUAUGAGAUUUAUAACUCACAAGUCUGAAUUCUUGUUGUGAGGCAUUUGAGAAACUGUCCAGCAACCUUUCCCUCUCGCUUGUGGUCGCUUAGGUUUUUUUUCCCAUCUAUUGAGUUUUCUUUGGGUAAAACUUCUCACUCAGAUAACUUUUGUGGAAGGAGGAGGGCUAAUUUGUAGUUUGUCCAAAAAAAAAAAAAAAUUGGAGCUAGUAAGGACUGCUCAAAACCCAAAUAUCAAAUCUGAGGUUUGUAGUGUGGUGGUGAAUUCCAUAAAUCUGAUCCAAAUAUUAUGCUUGCAGUCAGAGCUGAUGUGCUAAGAACAGCUACAGUGGAAGUAUUUUCUCAGCCUGCACCAACUUUUGUGACUAAGGAAUAGCGACACACACAGGCAGACAGUGGUGCUAAUUCUUUAUGUAGUCAUAUUCAUUUCUCUGUUGAUCCACAACAAAAUGUUACCACAUGUUUCACAGUCACAUGUUGGUACACAUCAGUACUUAAUUGACUAACUGAUAGCAAUCCUACAGUCUGAUUUAUCUUAGGAUUUAAACAACUGACUUGUUAGCAGAUAACUUCUCUGCUCUGUUGUCUUCCUAAAGCAACUGUUGGGUGCACUAAUCAUUCAGUGAUUACUAACUUAUUUUAAUCUUCUUAUGUUACUUAAGUGGAUGGAUUGUCUUCAUAGAUAUUUUAUUCAAGAAAAAUGAAUCUGUUUAUUAUGUCUUCCUAUCUUGUGUCUGCAACUAUGGUAUCACAGUACUGAAAAAUCCCAAAGCAUUUUUCUUGUUUGCUGCAAGCUCUGAACUCAGACAAGGUUAUCUGUUUGCAAACCUUCCAUGCGAACCUUGGCCAAGUUCUGAGCAGACCAAUCUGAUUUAUCUGUUUGUUGCAUGUUUUUCAUUAGAGAUCUUUGAAUUUUUUAACUGAAUCUUUUUUUCUAAAGGAAUGGGGGGUUCUGUUUUUUUUCAGUCUAUCAUCUUUCAUUUCAGUGAGAGGGGGACAAAUAAUGAAAAGCAGUUUUGGGAAACUAAAAAUCAACCUUUUGGUUUAAAACUUUGUUUGAAAAUCCCAGCAGAACACUUUUAUUGUUUGUUGAUGAAACUAUUACCUGUUUUGAACAGCUCUACUGUCUGCAAAGUGAUUUAAAAUGUAUAGAUUUUAUUUAGCUGAAAUUUGUGUUAACCUACUAUUCUCAUUGCCCAAACUCUAGUAAUAUUACAUAUACAGGUUUAGUUUCAGGGGUCUGUCCUAGAGCUCAAACCCCCCCCCCCCCCCCCAAAAAAAAAAAAACCCUGGUGUGAAUGCAGAUAAAACAAAUGAAUAAUACAUUUGUAAGAUUUCCUUCAGAAGUGGAGGACAAGGCUAGAAGGUGAAGUAAGUGUAAUGUUUGUCUUUGACCCUUAAUAUAUUUUGUACUGUAUAUAUCUACCUCAAAAGAGAUUUAUCGUAGCCAAUGUUUAUACUGUGUGUGCAGAGUAAUGACUGAGUGAGUCCUUCUGCUGUAUUUAUUUGACUAGAGAUGUGAUGAUUGUAACUCAGGGCUUUGGUUUAGAUAUCUUUAAAUACAAACUGGAAAGUUUCUCAAACAUUUUUUGCUGACUCUUACCUCUUGAAAUAGGACAAAGGAGUGCUAGGAGUUAAGAAUGUUAGCAGGGGGGAGGAGAAAUGGGAAAUAGCUUUUUGAAUUAAUCAUGAAGUAGGGAGGAAGAGAAACAGUUCUGUAAGUUCAGCCUGUCUGAAGAUACUUGCACGUAAUUUCAUAUGAGUGCUUGGUUCCAUGUGAGGAACACGACAUGCUUGGUGGUCAGCUGGGUAAUCGGUGGAUAGGCAUGAUCCCCUUCUACCAGAUACCUCCUAUAGAUCCCCUGGGCAAUAUUAAUGCUGAUACAUAGAAUUGAUUUUAGGGCAGUCCUAAACCAGCUUAAGCAAUAUGAACUGCAUUUCUCCUAUUUCACAUCAUAGCCCAUAACAGCAUACGGUGUGCUUAUCUCUGACACAGCACCACAGCAUACCCCUAUUCCCUCAUGCUUUGAAACUGAACUCAUCUAGGACUUGAACUGUGGGCUAUGGGCUCUACUUUUCCAGCAUUAAAGAAGUAAAACUCAAAAGAUGAGCUGGAUAGGAGGUGAGGACCAUGGAACUACAGCGGUAGUUUGUGUCUGGUUCCCACAUUCAAGGUGUAGCAGGUCUUAGCCAAGUUUCAGGCGGCAGAACGGAUCAGGGCUGGGAGGUGAGUGCCAGUGGGUGUACCUGCUGCUGAGGAAGGUGCCUGAGAUCCCAGCCUCUGACUGGGCUGCAGCUGGGCCUAGUAUAGAACCCACCAUCUGUAAGAGCAUGUAGGUACAAACUUGAGGAAAAGCUUGAGUGGCAUUAAGGCAAGGGAAAGGUAGUGAUGCUGACUGCUUCUCUUGUCCGUGCUGUCAAUGUAGGGGCUACCGUGUUUUUAAUCUUGCUUAAAUCUUUCCAAAGGAGUAGAAUUGAUUUUUAAACUAUUUAGAUGGAUAAUAUCCCAGUAGAAUUAUUUUUAGGACUUGACCAUUCUGUAGAUUUUGGGAGAGGAAAAGUCAGUACACUGAUAACUGUUUGAGGCAAAAUAUUUACCUGAAUUGCAUAUUCCUGAAUAAUUUAUUUGUAUCACUUGUUAUGACAGAUUCAGUUUGUUUAUCCAUUAUUUUAUGGCUGUCAUCUCUCUUCCUAAUGUGCAGCCACUGAACACUGAGCACGCUGGUGGUACGCUGUUCUCCUGGCACUGAUCGCCGAUCAUCAUGCACAAUUCAGGGGUGUGCAUGAGGCAUCAAUAGCCUGUGCAUAUAUCCCUGAUGGAGAGCAGCAAGGAGAGGAUGGUUAGGAAGUGUUUAUGAAUUUUAUUAUUUUUCUGUGUGCUUGUAGGUGAAAGCAAAUGGGAGUUAUAACUAGAUCUUUGCAGACUAUCAAUUUUUCAGCUGCUUGUUUGGGUACUGCUGUCUUAGUAUAUUCAACAACCAUAAAGCUGGGAGUUGUAUGUUUAUUUUU